UCGAAAAUGGUAUUAUAUGAGUUCCCGGCUACGGCAAAAGCACGCGUCCAGUCUACAGCUGAAAGGGCAGGUGAAUAGUAGCUAAUACGGAACACGGAAAAGGCUAUAAAUCAAAGUGUGUGUGUUUUGUGUGCGGGAUAUACUCCAUUUUUUAUUGCCACCAUGUCACAAUUAUACGACUUGUCUGAGAUUUCGCAACAGAAUGGCAAAGGAGGGAAACCCUGUUGGUUAAUUAUCAAAGGCAAUGUCUACGACGUGACCAAAUUUCUUGAUGAUCAUCCCGGUGGCGGUGAAUUGCUAUUGGAAUACGGUGGCAAAGAUGCAACCAAGGCAUUCAACAAAGCUGGCCAUUCGUCCGAUGCCGAAAAGGAUCUCAAACAAUAUAAAAUUGGUGAAGUUAACCCAACAGGAUCAGCGGCGGCACCAAUACAAACGCAGCCCAAAUCAAAUGCAAAUGCCAGCAGUCCAACAUCCACGGAUCUGCCAGCUGCAUCACCCAUGGAGGCUAAAAAGAGUUCCGGCUUUUGUUGCUGUUAAUACAUACAAAAAGCAACAAACAAGUCAAAUACUUCUUUUAAAUUUAAUUAUUUUCGUGUCUUAAUUUUUUUUUUUUCGUUUUGUUGUGUCAUUACAAUUCAUCAAUUGAUUUAUUUAAUAUUUAAUUCAGGUCGUUUAGUUUAAUUAGCAUUAACUUUGCAUCGAUUUAAUUUAACUAACAAAAUUUCCACUCAUUGUACAAUUAAGAGAAAUCUAUAUAUAUAAUUAAUGUAUGUGUUCCAUUUACUAGUUCUAAGAAGAUCCAACUAUGU